AUGACUGACCGUCGAGCCGAGUUAGAGAAGAAGCGUCUGAAACUUCAGCAGCUGCGUGAGCUGAAAGAGGCUCGCCGCCAAGAGAAAGAAUCAGGCCGUGUGCUGAUCGGUGAUCUGGGCAUCUCUUCAUCGACCGGUCUUUCAAGUCCAAGUCGCGGUCCAUCAUCACUAGGUGCUUCGCUAAACUCAAAUGCCGACAGUCCGUCAAUACGGUCUGAUAUUACUGAAGUGGAUGACAUCCUCAAAUCUGUAGGCAUACAUGCCGGGGAAUCAGGCUCAAAUCGGCAAGGCAAUCAUGCAGACAGCUCAACGAGCCAUCACGCCAAUGGCGUGGGGAAUAAUGCCCUUACAUCGCCCGACUCGGGCACCAGCUCCGAAGCGAAGCCUUCGCCCAGUACGGCCGCACCCACCCUGUCGAUUGCCACCUUUCCACAGGUGUUAAUUGCUCCAAAGGAAAAUGUCACUUACGAAAAGCAAACACAAACAGCAGCAACUCAAAGUACGAGUUCUCAAGACCGAGGCGGACCUCUAGAUUAUUACGUGCUAACGUACGACGAUUUAGGCGGCGAUGAAGGAGAAGAUGGAUCGCUGUUUACUGUUCCCUAUGGUUCUGGUGGCCAGGCAGCGGCUCAAACACAAACUAAAUCUCAUCAGGGGCAUCGAGCAUCACUACCUACUGUGGAGAUGGUACGACCAGCGCAAACGGCCGAUGAUUUAAUCGCCGAAGAGACGGAAAAGAAAGCUCCGAAAAGGGCAGAGUACAAGGAAGAGGAACGGCGGCAUCUCAUGCAAACGGAAGCCUUUAGAAAGUUCCUUGAUCGCGCUGUAAGGAUCACCGAACGGGCGUUGAGCUGUACAGACUCCAUGGACAUUUUCGUCGACUACACCGGCCAGGUGGAGAAUGUUGACAGUGAGGACAAAAGUGGCCUUCGCCUGGCUCACUCAGGCACAUACAUGGACGAACGCUGGAGUCGCGGUCGAGCUGUGACCAGCUUUGACUGGUGUGCCCAGUUUCCUGAGCUGCUUGUUGCUUCCUACAAUCAAAAUGAAGGGGCACCCAAUGAGCCAGAUGGCAUUUGUUUGGUGUGGAAUAUGAAGUUCAAGAAGACGACACCUGAGUACGUCUUUCACUGCCAAUCCCCGGUCAUGUCGGCGUGUUUUGCCAAGUUUCACCCCAACUUGAUUCUUGGUGGCACCUAUUCAGGUCAAAUUGUUCUCUGGGACAACCGCUCUGGAAAGCGAGUCCCAGUGCAGCGUAGUCCACUCUCUGCCAGUGCUCACACACACCCGGUUUACUGCUUAAAGGUGGUUGGAACGCAAAACUCGCACAAUCUCAUUAGCAUAUCAAAUGACGGGAAACUGUGCAGUUGGAGUUUGGACAUGCUCAGCGCUCCGCAGGAGACCAUGGAGCUCUGCCAGUCGAAGCAGUCGCGCCAGAUUGCCGUCAUGUCGAUGUCUUUUCCCAGUGCUGACUUUAAUAACUUUGUGCUCGGCAGUCAGGACGGCGCCGUCUUCAGUGCCUGUCGACACGGUGCCAAAGCAGGCAUACUGGACAUCUAUGAUGGUCACCAGGGCCCUGUUACGGCAGUUGACUUUCACGCCGCAUCUUCCACUGGCGUCGACCUCUCCCAUCUCUACUUGAGCGCCUCCUUUGACUGGACCUUCAAGCUGUGGAGUAUGCGCGAGCAGAAGCCGCUGUACAGCUUUGAAGACGGCAGCGAUUACCUGUACGAUGUCCGCUGGUCGCCCAUUCACCCGGCUCUCUUCGCAACCGUUGACGGGCUCGGUCGUCUGGACAUUUGGAAUCUGAACCACGACACUGAAUUGCCCACGGUGUCUACGGUUGUGGAGGGCAUGUCUGCUCUGAAUCGCCUCAUUUGGUCUCCCAAUGGUCAGCAACUGGUGGUGGGCGAUGACGCCGGAAGGAUAGCAGUGUAUGAUGUGGGCGAGCAAUUGGCGUUUCCAAAGAACGACGAGUGGACGCGUUUUUCCCAUACACUGCAAGAGUUCACCAACAACAGCAUUGACAUUUGA